ACACGAGCCUGACCCAAGAAGCAUCGAUGCGUCAAUGAAUUCGCUAUAAAAAAUUUCAGCCGCUGAACAUUCCGCGUGAUUCACGAAUUGGGUUUCUCUUUUUUCCUUAAAAAAGUGUUUUUUUUUUUUGGGCGAAAGACAUACGCAAACCGGCGACGAGAAGUCAGCAGCUUGAUGACGAUGUUCAUGUUCAUGGGCUUGCGUUGCUGCUGCAGGAUCACGAUGAAGAAGGCAUCGGCACUCGUCCUCCAGUUUCUUCUGGUGGGAUUUGCAUCUGCAGCUGAUCUUCUCCAGAACGCCGACUUCGAAUCGCCGCCGCCCGGCUUCCCGGCGAACUCCACCGCGCCGUUCCUGCUCGGGCAAAACGACACGCUCCCCGGCUGGUCGUUCGGCGGCGAGGUCUACUACCUGACGGCGAGCGGCGGCGGGCACGCCGUCCAGCUGGGCCAGGACGGCACGAUCAACCAGACUUUCGCGGCCUCUGCCGACUUCGCGGACUACUUGGUCACCUUCGCGGUCGCCUCGUCCGGCGGCGCGAACUGCUCGAGCAAUGGCAGCGUCGUGAUUUCGGCGCCGGACAGUCAGGGGGUGUUUCCGGUGGGGGAGCAGCGGGCCGUGUACGGGCUGUUCCUGGGGAGUUGGGGAGAUGGGGAGGCGAUCGAUCUGGUGAUCGCGAGCGAAACGACGGAGUCCGACACCAAUGCGACGUGCUGGCCGGCCGUUGACUCGAUCGUCCUGAAGAGCAUCGCCAGUCUAGUCAAAGCCAAUGAUAAUGAAUUGGUAAACGGGGGAUUCGAGUUCGGGCCGGAUUUCUUGCCGGACUCUACGGAGGGAGUUCUGCUACAGCCGGCGCAGAGCCCUGUUCAAUCGCCAUUAAUACAAUGGGCUAUCCUCGGAACCGUCAAGUAUAUUGACUCCAAGCACUACUUCGUUCCUCAAGGAAAUGCCGCCAUAGAAUUAGUGUCGGGAAAUUCAACCGGCAUACAAACGGCCGCUCAGCUAACGAAGGAUUCUUCGUACACAUUGGAAUUUAUGCUCGGGGACGGGAACAACUCCUGCAUCGGCGAUUUGGAAGUCAGGGCGCAAGCAGGAUCGGUCCUUCAAAACUAUACAAUUCAGAGCAAGGGGACAGGCUCGGCUCAGAAGUUCUCUUUCAAGUUCAAGGCCGAUUCUGAUACCGGCACAACACCAAUCAGCUUUGUAAGCUAUACGAGUAGCCAGACCAAAGAUGGCGUGCUUUGUGGUCCGGUGGUCGACGAUGUUGUUUUGCGAGCUUCUCUUGGCCUCAGAUUGGCAAUCCAGUGGAGGUUUCUGCUAUCUCCGCUUUUGCUUGUGGCUCACGUGAUGAAUAAAUGAGUCAUGAAGCGAUGGAUCUGACCUUGAAUGUGGUCUUCGGAAAAUGACAUGAUUUUAUUGCAGGCAUUGAAAUUUUGUUUCUUCGAGAAGUUUUCAGGGGAUUUUGUUUUUUCGAUUGAAGAAAUGCUGCGAGAAAUUUCCUCCCUCUUUAAUGGUCGAUAUCGAUAUUUUACCA